AGGUUUAGUGAUUUGCUCCGAUGAAUUUCCCGAUCAUCUCUCCUGAAUCGAACGUUGUCUCCGUCAAUGUUGGAGGCCGAAUCUUCCAGACGACGAAACAAACGUUGACCUUGGCCGGAACCGAUUCUCUUUUCUCUCGACUCGUCACUGAGUCUUCUACUCGAUUCGUCGAUCGAGAUCCCGAUUUGUUCUCCGUCCUUCUCUACAUCCUCCGUACCGGAAACCUACCUGCGAGAUCGCGCGCUUUCGAUGUUCGAGAUCUGAUCGAGGAGUCUAGAUACUACGGGAUCGAGUCUUUCCUGAUCGAUUCCCUCUCGAAUUCGUCGCAGUUCGAGGCCUUCGAUCUCCGUAAAUCCCGAAUUCUUCCGUUGAACGGUAGAGAUUCUCCGUCGACGAUCGCACCGACGGCGAACGGUGGAGGCCUCCACGUGGCGCACGGGAGCAAAAUCACUUCGUUCGAUUGGUCGCUGAGGCGGAAAUCGACGGUGUUGACGAAUUUCUCCGCCGUGGAUUCCCUCCUCGAGAUAUCGCCGGGAGUAGCUGCCGGAGCCACCGAUUUCCCAGGUUUGCAAAUCAUCGAUCUCGAUAACGGCGGAUUCGUCCGUACGACUCUGAACUGGGAAAAUGUGACUAGCUCCACGGUUCAAGCCAUAGGUUCUUCCUCUGAGUUUCUGUUCACUAGCUUUGAAUCUAGCAGAAGGAACUCGAAUUCGAUUAUGGUGUAUGAUCUCUCUACCUUGUUGCCUGUGUCAGAGAUCGAUCAUUGCGAGAUCUAUGGUGCUGAUAUUGAUUCUGCGAUUCCAUCGACUAAGUUGAGAUGGAUUCAGAGUUGUAAUCUGUUGAUGGUUUCUGGUUCUCAUAGUAGUCCGUCUGGUGUGAGUGGUCAUGUACGGUUUUGGGAUGUAAGGUCCAAGAAUAUGGUCUGGGAGAUUAAGGAGACACAAGAUUGUUUCUCUGAUGUGACUGUCUCGGAUAACCUCUCGACGGUUUUCAAGGUCGGUGUGACUUCAGGGGAGGUUUUCUACACCGAUUUGAGGAGUCUAGGAUCUAAGGAUCCAUGGAUUUGUCUUGGAGAAGAGAAGAAGAGAAGCUUGAAUGAGAGACGAGGAGUUGGGUGUAAGAUAGAGAGCUAUGGUAAUCAUGUGUUUUGUAGUAAAGGAAGUGGGAUCGAGCUUUGGUCUGAAGUGAUCACGGGUUUGGUAGGGAACGCAAGCCGGGAUGUAUUGGAAGAGAGGGUUUUUAGGAAGAAUUCGUUCGCGAAAUUGGCGGAUUCAGGAGAAAACAAGAUAACCGGAUUGGCGUUUGGAGGGAACAGAAUGUUUGUGAUUCGAAAGGAUCAACAGUGUAUCGAGGUUUGGCAAAGUCCUAGUCGUGGAGUAUCGAUUUAAUGAGCCAGUUUCAAGCUUUGUUAGAGAGAGAAGCACAUGACUCUGGAACAGGCAUUUUAUCUACCAGAGCUAGUUCUGUGAUCUGAGAAGCCGUUAUUACUGUCUCCGACUUCGGAUUCGGGAAACCUGCCACCGGAAAAACUUAUGGCUUCACCGGCCAUUCUCAGACCUCCGAACAUAUUGUUAUUGUCUCUCUGCUGUGAAGAAGUUGCAGGAUUCACUUGUGUCGGAAAAUUAUAACUGCUACCGAUUAGAUUAGGCUGGAAAGCAGCUGGAAAACCAGAGAAGUAACCGUUGUUGUGUAACAGAGAAUUCCCAAAUCCUUGUCCUCCCGUGAAUCCUGUCUGAAGAUCAGAAAGAUCAUGG